AUGUUACCUGUCCCGCAAUAUCAGCCAGAGACUGAGUACGAGGCAUCCAACGAAGAUGAAGAGGAAGACGCGACGACACAAGCGCACGAAGAUUCCGAAGACGAGGAUGACGAGGAUGACGAGCCUGUGCCAGCCGCGGAAGAUGCUGGAGACGACGCCGAUACGCUACGAACUCCCUCCGAAGACCGCGACCUCCGGGCGACGUGGACUGCCAGCAUCAACCACCUCUGGAAAUGCGCCGCCGACAAGGUCACCAUCCUGGCCGCACAAGCUAGAGACGCUGCACUCGAUGCUGUCAAGAAGAUGAAGGAGCUUGGAUUUAUUGGCACAGCAAAGGCAAUCGUCCAUUGGAUGAGGAUGAAUCCAUGGAAGACGGCGUUGAUCGUGGUGCCUCUCGUUGCGCUUGCAAUCACAGCGAUAGCGCUCUCGGCCACGGGCUUUGGCCCAGCUGGAAUCGUCGCAGGUACGUCAUCUCGGAGGAUAUAUCGUGGACAUUGA